AUGCGGGCGGCCCUGGGGACCAUGCGGGCGGCCCUGGGGCUGGGUCUGCGCUCUUGCUCACCCCGGGCCUGUAGCAAAGCCUCGGACGGAAGUAGUGGGAUCCGUGCGGUUGAUAUGAAAAGUACAGAAACUGUCUUGGAAACUGGGUUCUUCCCUAGAGUUACUGGUUGGAGAAAUUCAACAGUCAGCGGACAUCCGUGGUGGGUCAGUCUCCUAAAAUCAGGUGAGCAUCACUUCUGUGGAGGAAGCUUGAUCCAGGAGGAUCUGGUUGUUACCGCCGCACACUGCCUGGUUGGCCUCAAGGAGCAAAUUAAGAGUCUGACUGUGACUGCUGGGCAACACAGCCUCUCCCAGAAGGGUGUACACGAACAGGAGAGUCCUGUCUCAAAAAUUAUUAUUCAUCCUGAGUACCACAGACAUGGACAUAUGAGUUCUGAUAUUGCACUGCUCUACCUAGAACACAAAGUUGAGUUUGGAACUGCUGUUCAGCCAAUCUGUCCUCCCCAUAGAGAUGAGAAAUCUGAAGCAGGGAUUCUUUGCAUGACCAGUGGAUGGUGCAAGAUCUCAGAGACAUCAGAAUAUUCAAACGUCCUAUGAGAAGUAGAACUUCCCCUCAUGGAUGACAGAAUGUGUAAUAGUGUGCUCAAGCAUAUGAACUUUCCUCUUCUGGGAAGGACAAUGAAGUGUGCCAGGUGUCCAGAUGGGAAAAAGGAUGCCUGCCAGGGAGACUCUGGAGGUCCAUUUGUUUGUAGAAGAGACAGUGGAAUCUGAGUCCUUAUUGGGAUAAGUUCUUGGAGAGCUGGUUGGACUAGAGAUUGGACUUCUUUAAGAAAAAACCAUAAAAGGACAUCGCUGGGCAUUUUCUCCACGGUGUUUGAGUUGAUAGAUUUUGUUACUCAGAACAUACUCACAGCUUAUAGAUCUCAAGGAACCGUGUUAUUUGGAGAAAAUGGCAAGAUUCGUUACCCCCAUUCCAAAGAGAGAAGCUUUUCUCGUAAUUGCUUAUGUAUGUGGAGAAUAACAGUACCAGAAAAUAAAAUUAUCCUGGUAAAAUUUACAAGCUUAGACAUACAAAAUCAAAUUGGAUGUGACCAUGACUAUAUAUCUUUACAAUCGAGCAAUGGACUGCUUAUUAGUAAGGUCUGUGGAGGUCUUUUGCCUCCACCCUUGCUGACAGAGACCAAUGAGGCCACAGUUACAUUUGUUUCUAGGACAGGAAACAAUGGCAGAAGGUUUGAGCUGACCUUUACUGCCAUACAGAAGAACUCAGGAGCAGGCUCAGGCUGGGGGAGUGUGGCUACACUGGUGGAAGGAAGGACAGUUCACUCUGCCGAUUAUCCUGACUUGUAUCCCACACGUGUAAGGUGUCAUUGCUUCAUUCAUGCUCCAGAGAAACACAUUGUACAAUUGGAAUUUGAGGACUUUAUCACUGAAUUUAGCCAAAACUGUGUUUAUGAUGUGGUUGUGACUUACGGUGAUCCUGAAGAGGAGCACGAGUUAGCUAAAUUUUGAAUCUUGAACUUUACUCCAAUAUUCAGUCCUAAUAACAUAUUGGUGAUUCACUUUAAAAGUGAUGAAAUGUUUCCUCUAUACUCUUUAAACCACAUUGGAUCAACAUCACCCCCUCCCCCCCACCCCCGAGUCAAUCCCCUGUCUUCUGCAAAAGCUAUUCUGUGUGGCAUCUGUGGCAUCCCUCCAUUUAGUCUCCAGUGGCUUUCAAGAAGAAUUGUAGAGGGGGACAAAGCCUGCCCCCACUGCUGGCCAUGGCAGGUGGGCGUGAGGUUCCUAGGCAGUCACCAGUGUGGAGAGCCCAUCCUCAGCCCUAUUUGGAUUCUGACUGCAGCCCACUGUGUGCAAUCGUGAAAAAAUAAUCCUCUCUUCUGGGCCAUUGUCACUGGACACCGUGACAGAACCCUGAAGGAACCAGUUGAGCAGGUCAGGAAGGCAAAACACAUCCUGGUGUGAGAAGCCUUUGAUAGACGGAAUCAUGACUCUGAUGUUGCCCUGAUAGAGCUGAGCUCUCCUCUGGAGUUCAACUCCAUCGUGAGGCCUAUGUGUCUCCCACAAAGCAUGGAGCCGCUCUUUCCCUCGAAGACCUGUGCUGUGACUGGAUAGGGGAGACUUAGUGAAGACAGAGGCCUACCAAGGAGCUUCCAACAGAUCCAGGUGCUUGUGUUGGAAAGAGAGUUCUGGGAACGUGCUCACUCCUCUCACCCAGGAGGGCUCACGGAGAAGAUGACGUGUGCUGACUUAGCAGCCUCUGGAGGGAGAGACUUCUGUCAGGGAGACUCUGGUGGCCCAUUAGUAUGUAGACAUGGAAAAGGUCUCUUUGUCCUAUAUGGCAUUGCCAGCUGGGGGGCUGGCUGUGCCCAGCCAGGAAAGCCAGGUGUAUUUGCCAGGGUGAGUGUCAUCUUGGACUGGAUCCAAUCCAAAAUCAAAGGUCCUGUUUCACUUCAGAUAAGUAAGGAAAGCAAAACAUUACCAAGACGACAGUUGCCACCACCCACACCUUCAACAGACGAUGCAUCUGGACCAGGUUGUUACUCUGAGGUGGAACUAGAAGAGCCCAGAGGCUUUUUUGCAGCUCCAGGAUAUCCACUGGAUUAUAGAGGAGAACUAGAAUGUUCUUGGGUGCUCAGGGUGUCCCCGAGCAGUAUGGCAAAAUUGACGGUUAAGUACCUGUCGCUGCCUUGUUCUCCUGUGUGUCCAGAUUCAGUUAUGACUGUUUAUGAAGAAAACCAUGAUGAGAGAAGGGUGUCUGGUAAUAAUCCUUGCUGGCAUUUCAACUUGGAGCUGGGAGGCUUUUCUAGGGCUUACCCAAUGAUUUUCAUGAGCUCUGGACCCCUAGUGAGAGUGGUAUUUUGUUCGUUUGUACAAGGUGCUUUGGGCAUAAGUUACAUUGUUUUUAGAUCCCAAGGUCCAAAGGGCAGUAAAGCUACCAAAUUUCUCCAGAGUUCAAAGCAAGAACAUACAGCCACUUGGGAGGAUGUUAUUCUGACUAAACCAGGAGGAAUCAUACAGAUCCCAGGAUGCUCUCACAGAACCACUGUGAGUUGCCACUGGAAGUUAUUAGCCCCUUUACAUCAUGUUGUUUGCCUUGAUAUUAUCAACUUCCAGAUGAAGCUGACACCCUUGGCCUGUCAGGGUCAUAUGUGGGUUUAUGAAGGAUUGGGCAAAAAAUUUAUAGUUCACGCUAGGAAAAAGGAAAAAGGUACAAAGAAGGAGUACACCAUCAAGAAAACAAACACAUUUCCAAGAAUCCCAUAG